ACCGACCACAUGACAACCUUAACUUUUCUCCCGAACAAGUUUCCCGCUCUACAAUUCCCUCGAAGGUAUACUAGGCACUACCCACCAUUCAUAGCAAAACAACAUCACCAAUAUAUACAACUCUAUAUAUCAUCAUAUAGGUUUGAAGUCCAACAUGGGAAACUGCUUCUUUGGGGCCAUGUCAGAUCCUCAUGCAGCAAUCAAAGUCAUAACAUCAAACGGUGGAAUCAUGGAAUUCAGUGCUCCGGUAACCGUCAGUUUCAUCACCAACGAGUUCCCAGGGCAUGCCAUAUUCAGAAGCCACGACCUCUUUUGGAAACCACUCAGCCAAUUCGAAGAGUUGGAGGCAGGUCAGUCUUACUAUCUUCUACCACUCACCAACACCAACACCAACACCACCAACAACAACAACAUAGACAUCCCAUGUGGUGUUGGUGAAAAUGUAAACGUUGUGAGACAAGGGCAUGUCAGAUCUCACAGUGUCCCUACAACCUCCUGCCCUGCCUUGUAUAGAAUGUCCUUGGACUACCAACACCACCACCAGGGAAUGGGGUUGCUGAAGAGAUCCUCCAUCGAAGCCUUCUCUGGCAGAAGCAGUGGUAAUAGUAGCUGCAACAUUAAUGGUGGUGUUGGUGGUAGCAGUAGGUUUUGGAAAGUGAAGCUGGUGAUCACCCCAGAACAGUUGCUUGAUAUUUUGGCACAAGAGGCUCGCACGAAGGAGUUGCUAGAGAGUGUAAGGAUGGUAGCAAAAUGUGGGGAUGCUUCGGCUGCAGGUAUGAUUUCUGAUCAGUGGAGUCUUUCCAGCACCAGUUGGAGCAUUUCCUCUAAGAUUGAUGCCUUGGUAGGCAUUUAAUUAGUACAUACUAUAUCAAAUAAUUGUAGCAACUUUACUUUUUUUUCUUCUUUUUGUCUCUUCUCUUUGGCUGCUUCCUUCCAUUGCUAUUUUUAUGCAUGCAUGCUUUGUAUUUUGUUUCUUUUGUCACACACAUCAAACCGCAGAAUUUCCGAGAUUUUCUUGUAUGUAAGUGGCAGUAGCACGUUCAAGACACUUGCUUUUAAUUAGGUUUUAAAUACCAA